AUGGCGAAACUACCGGUGCCAGCGCAGUUCGAAUCGGACGCAUCCAUUGUUCUGGUCGGCAUGCGUGGCUCCGGCAAGUCGACACUGGCCAUCAUUGCAUCUACGGCCAUGAAGAGGCGGAUAGUGGACACGGAACAAGCCUUCCUCGAUGCGACCGGCUUGUCCACUAUAACGUUCAAGAAGACCCACGGCAAUAUGGAGUACAGGCGGCGGCAAUACAAUGUCUUGGAGGGAAUUCUGAAACGGCAUCAGAAAGACUGUAUAAUUGUGUCUUCGUGGAUCGAGCGCUCAGCACAAAACUUGCUGGCAGAGUUUGCGGCUUCGCAUCCGGUAGUCCAUGUGGUUAGAGACGAGAAGGCCAUCUCCCGUUACCUUGGUGUGACGGACGUGGAGAAGUUCAGCGAACUGCUGAACUUUCUGGCGAGCGCAUUCCGCGUGUGCGGGAACUUCGAGUUCUUUAACGUGUCGGAGGGAACCUCCUCGCCAGACGACAAGACGGUGGCAGAAUCCACAGCGCUGGAUCAUAAUGGCGAGCAGAAGUCACCUGCGCCUUAUCUGACGCUCAAGCGUGCCGAAAGGCACUUCUUGAGAUUCAUGGCACAGGUCAUGCCGAAAGGAGCAAUUCCAUAUAUUGAAUCUGCCUUUCCUCUGGCUUCCAUACCGACGGAGAAGCGCCAUUUUACAUACGCCAUGUCGGUACCGCUGUCGAAGCUGUUGGCGGGGAGUCUCAAGAUCGAGGAACUGGAAACCGGGGCUGAUGCAAUCGAGAUUGUUGUUGACGAUGCUUUUACUCAGCCGGGUCCAAACCUUCACCUCGGCGCGGAUCGGGCAAGCCAGAUUAGCAGAGUUGUUGGCCAUAUCAGGAGGAACGUAGUGAUACCUAUCAUUUACCACAUUGUUUACCCAUCCUCAGGUCCCCUGGAUAAUGCGCACAAGCUCCUGUAUCUUGAGUAUCUUCAACAUGGCCUUAGGCUUGCGCCAGAAUACAUCGGACUGGACUUACGGCUGGAGGACGAUCUGUUCUCUCAAAUUGUUAAAGCCAAGAGGACGUCCAAGGUCAUUGCCUCAGUCAAUAUGGCCGUGCCGAACCCACCGUCCUGGCGGGAUCCGAUAUGGCUCUCCUUCUACCGCAAGGCCAGAGAUCUUGGGUGCGACCUCGUGCGCAUGCUACGGCCGGCUAACCAGAUUGAGGACAAUUUCGAGAUUGAGUACCUGCGUCACGCCAUCGAAGAUCUCGGUGAUCCAAUAUUGCCCUGUAUCACUUUCAAUACCGGGCCGAAGGGACGUCACUCGCAAUGUUUCAACAAGAUCUUGACCUCCGUGAUUCCCGAAUCACUUCUCAGUAUGGCACAUCCGGACCCUAUGGUAUCCCUAUACGGGCCGCCCCCCAUAACUGCAAUGGAAGCCACAAAGGCGUUACAUUCUUCUUUCAUCAUUGAUGCAAUGAAGAUGUAUGUAAUUGGAGCAAACGUCGGGUACAGUAUGUCGCCAGCCAUGCACAAUGUUGCGCUCAAAGCUUGCGGCAUCCCGCAUGUUUAUCGGCCUUACUCGACGGAUUCGCUUAGCAGCAUCCGCGAUCUAAUUCACGAUCCCUUGUUUGCCGGUACCUCGAUUGGUCUUCCCUUCAAGGUGGAAGUCAUUAGCCUUGCUCAUACCCUCAGCAGCCAUGCCAAGGCCAUUGGUGCUGUCAACACACUAAUCCCUGUUAGACACCUCAACGGGGACGGGACGAUCCCGGAAAAUGCUCUGUUCUUCAAUUUCAGGAAUCGAGCUGGCCCAGUACUUGCACUCUACGGUGAGAAUACUGACUGGAUUGGAAUUCGAGCUUGCGUUCGAAGAGGACUGUCUCCUGCCAAUGCUGUGCGACCUAAUUCUAGUGGUUUGGUUGUUGGUGCAGGUGGAAUGGCACGAGCUGCGGUCUAUGCAAUGUUGCAGCUGGGCGUGAAGAACAUUGUCAUCUUCAAUCGUACGCCAUCCAAUGCCGACAAGCUUGUCGCCCACUUCACCAGACUAUUAGAUCGGCAUGAUCUGCCUCUGUUGAGUUCAUCAUCCGAUACCGAAACAAGAUUUCAUGUGAUUCGCUCAUUGGAGGAUUCCUGGCCUGACAAUUUCCGUCUUCCUACUAUGAUCAUCUCGUGCAUACCAACGCAUGAGAUUGGAGAUACACCCGCACCUAAGUUCACACUUCCACCAGCAUGGAUGGGAAGCCCCACAGGUGGAGUGGUGGUUGAGCUCGCGUACAGGUAUCUCAACACUCCGCUUCUUGACCAAGUUCGCGCAGAAGCCCAUCGUGGCUGGGUACCUAUGGACGGUCUUGACCUGCUCCCCGAACAAGGAUUCGCACAAUUUGAGCUGUUUACUGGAAGGAGAGCGCCUCGGCGGCUGAUGAGAGAAGAAGUGUUCAAAUCAUAUCCACAUGAACGGGGCGAGUCCGAUCGGGCACAACUCCAGCCCCGUCUGGAAAAUAUUGUCGAGCAGGAGCCCUGA